GUGUGACAGCUCAAUUUAGUCCGAGAGGGGGGUGAUUGGAGGUGACUUUGAGGAAUAAUGAACGUUUUUUGGAAAAUAAUUUGUUUUUCACACUGAAUUUUAGUCGCAACCAACCUUUUUUCGACCGUUAAACAACACGCACAAGGGCGCUUAAUAUUUUUAUUGUGAAAGUCCCACCGGAAGUUGUCAAAUUUGUGUCUACGCCAGCUCGACAGAAAACUGGAAAGCGACCAGAUGGAAUUCAGCUCUGCCUUCUUAAGCUCUCAUUUGAAUUGUAUUACACACAUUUUCAGCCAACUUUCCUGCUAACGAACAACCCUGGCGUGACCACAAAACCUAAUCCAGGAGGCUCGGCUGCGCUGUGAACCGGGACUGAAGCGUUGAAGACGUUUAAAGAUCCCCAACCAAACACCUUCUCACUGAGGUACCGUUUUAGCCCACACUGUCGGGAGAGCAGGAGCUAGGAGUUAUCUUAAUGCUGGACAAAUACUGCCCUUGACAGUGUUUCUAACUUAAUUUAGGGUGCGUGGGAAUCAUUUUUGGUGUGUGGUUUCAGUAAUGCAGUUGUUUCAGACUCCAGUGAUUAGCUUUGGAAAUCUGUCAAACAAAAAGGGAGUUUAGCCUGGAGGCGAGAGGGGUGUAGCCUGUUUAAAUCACACUGUCUGGGACUGUUUAUGCGGCCUUAUGUGUUAUUUUAGGACUGUCUGCGUCAUGAAGUGUUAUUAACGUGAACAUUUGAGUACACGUGAUCUUCACACCCCAGCAACACGAAAAUACUCAAUGGUUUGGGGUUUUUGAUAUUUUUCCUCCUUGCUAUGUUACUUUAGACGAGUAGUGCCAAGUCAGCUGUGGUGAAAACGGGACAGCUUCCGUGCGAGUGUUUCAAAAUAAAACCAGGUUGUCGCUACUUUUAUGCCAAGAUUGCGGUUGAAGUCUGGUUUGAAACCUUGGAGAGAAAAAAUAAGCGGAGAAUAAGUGAAAAUUAAGUGAGAAUAAUGACAAAUAGUCAUCAUUAGAAAGAAUGGCCCAACUGAUUAAAUCGGCAAAUUUUAGCCUGUUAGAGACUAAUCGGUAAUCGGCCAAAACUCGCCGAUUUUCGCUAAUAUUUUCAGAAAUAAAAUACGGAGAAUAAGGGCCCGUUCACACCACCCUUAUUUAGUCCGAUUUAACUGAACCCUGGAGCGUCAUUUGAUACGCGGUCCAGAUGAGUGGCAAAAGCAAAAUCAGCCUACGAUGCUUCAUGACAGGCGAAGACAGCAGAGCGGGGUUUGUAUUUCUGCAUAAACAAAUGACCAAUAACUGAACGAUAUUCGCAGUUGCGUGACUCCCAGUUCCGUUUUGUGGAGUGAUUGAGUUUGUCCUUUGUGAACACAAACUGGACCAGUUAAACAAUCAAAACAAAUGUAUUGUCUUGACUUGGAUUCGAAUCAGGAAACGGACCUUUAGGUGUGAACACGACCCAAGAUUCGGUUUCACUUCGAAAAUGUUCCGCCAUUUGAAAAGUUCCCCGACUUAUCCUGUAGAUGGUGCAGGGACCUCAUGGCAGUCUUAAAACGCUUUUCUGGUCUGAGUGUGAUCAGUCGGUCUUCCUGUCGGCCUACAGUAUAUCUACAGUAUAUAGUAUACUGUACAUAUCUACAGUAUAUAUAUAUAUAUAUUUUUUAUAACUUCAUAGAAAAAUUGAAAAAUCGUCCGAUUAAUCAGUAAUCGGAUUCCCCCCCUGAUAAUUGGUAUCGGCAUCGGCCCCCAAAAAUCCAUAUCGGUCGGGCCCUAUUAUGCUGGCGGUUUAUUAUGAUCUGUUAGUCAUCAUAUUUGCAUCCUUAUUUUAAGGUACAUCAUACUUAAACAGGACUGCACCAGUCUCCACUCAUUUCCAUUAUUCUCAUUAAAUAAUUAACAAUGUAGUUACUUAUCGUUUAAAAUGUUGUAAAGCUGCGCAGGUUUUAUUUUGCAGCAAAAACCACUUAACUUCCUGUGUGUGCAUGGCUCUCUUUGUUUACCUUGACGUUCAGACGGACCAGGCUCAGAUACAGUAGACUCUUAUAUCUUUGUAAAACAGGCCUGUCUGUCACUCGUUCAGGAUAUUAACUCUUUGAUUAUCAGCACAGAACUUUUUCAGCUUUCUUGCAGCAAUAAUUUGAUAACAGAUUCUGUACUUGUCUAUCAGUCCAGACUUUUGCUGUAUAGCCUACUGCAGUGUCCAGUGAUAAGCUGGUUUAAUGUAUGACAGGUGGGAGCAGUCCAUUUCUGUACUCAAGUGUAUUUCAGUACUCAUUUGUGGAAAAAAAAAACAUCAUUAUACAGAGUCUCUGAUGUCCCAUACAGUAAAGUUUUUAUGUUGAUAUUUAUUUGUGCUUCCACUUUUAUCUUCUAGGAUUCUGGGGCUGUAUACCAUUUUUAUUUUUGCACUGCCAAGUCCAUGUUCAGUAUGACAUUUCAAACUGACAGCCAGUCUUUCAGUAUAAAAGUCCUUUUGGCUUUUAGGCUAUGUUACAGCUCAACGUAACAAGCUCUGUGGCUCAAAUGCUGGAGUUGAGGGCUUAUGCCUGACAGGCUGAACUUAGGGCAGAUAUUUUAAAUCAUCAUACCUGUGCAACAUUUUUCACCCAAUACCUGCAAUUCAAUAUAUCUGCAGCCAUGUUGGUGUCAGAAUUUUUUUUCCAUUUUAAUUCAAUGUUGUCAACAGAAUUUGUCAUAAAAUCUGAUGGAAAUGCAGAAGUCAAUGGAUACAUAUUUUUGUAUGUAUUGUCAGUCCGAACAUCUUAAACAGUGAUCUACAAUGCAGACGUCUUUGUCCUGUUUGGUUUCUCCCACCCUUAACAAAGUGAAGGAAUUUCUUACAUUGAUAUUUAUCUGACGACUUAACUUGACAUGUUGAUGUUGGCUCUUUUUCCUUGAAGGGUUGUCUCAGAGAGGAAAACCUCCUUGUAAGAGUGGACCUUUGCAGUUUGGUAUUGUGAUGUAGUUCAAAUACUUCAAUCUUUAUUUGUCUGUGGCUGCCUGUGCUCCUGAAUGACAGAGCACAGACAUAAUUUAUGAUACUUGAAGUCUUAAUAAGUGUGCAUAAAACAUGGGCGUAGCUUCAGUGAUGUGUCUCGCUGGUUUCUGAAGUGAUGGUGGUCACCACAUUGGAAAUGCUGACUCAGACAUGCUCUUGAUUUAGUUUGAAACCAAAGAAGGUGUACUGAGGCGGGCUGAUUGAAUCUUGUGGUGUGUCCCAAAUCACAUACUUCCAGUAAUAAAUACUUAAAAUUUUGAGUAUACUCAAUGCAAAAUGGAAAAAAGUAUGGAUAGUAUGCGAAAAUUAAGUAAGCAAAAGUACCCUGAUGACAUACUCAAAUCGGUCAAGAUUUUGAGUAUCCGACUGUGGACAUUCGCCGCACUCAUUUCAUCAGUAAGAAUGGCUGUAAACAAGGCUGUAAACCUGUGAAACUCAGUUGUAAAAACAGACCUUUUAAUAUGGGCUCUAAUGGCGAUUGGCUCACUUUUGGGACCAGCCUCGAGUGGACAAUUAAGGAACUGCAUUUUUUUCGCACUUCUGCAAUAACUUCUUUGUUAUGAUACUUUUGCCAUUUGUAUUCACUCUCUAUUGAUUCAAUUUCAGUCACUUUCUUUGAUAGAUUAUAAACAGUCUUUCAUGCAGGGUGUCUGAGUGACCAUCAGAGGGUUAAAUCUCUUCCCGCUCGCCCUGAAUUCUUAAAUUCCAGUUGCAUGUGUUACUGUGCAUCAUGAAUGGCAACCUCUGCAUUCCAGACAGUCAGAAGAAAUGCUGUUUAAUUAGAGGCAGACACCUCUCUGUCUUCAGAGUCCUUCUUCAGGCUCUCUGAAACCUUUUAUUGCUCAUUGAAAAAGAUCUUCAAACAUUCCAAACAAAAGCUUAAGUGUAGAUAUUCAGAUAAUCGGUUUCGGUAAGGUUAGGUAAUCUAUAUGAGUGAUAAAAAGUUGUCGGAUGCAGAGUAAAGCCUUUUAAUCUCUGUGUAAAGUUUAAGUUUGUGGACUGUGGAACCAGUUUUCCUCAAAGUGGCUCAGCAGGCUGAUGCGAAACCUGUUUUCAGCACGAGCCAUGAAAUACCUGACUUAUAAUCCCUACUACUGCGGCAAGAAUGGCAUGUAGGUGUGACAGGUUACUAUCAGGCGAUGCUGAAAUGACUUUGAUUUUAGUCAUCAAAGCUGCUCACGACUUUGCACAUUUUUAUUCUGGUGUAGGUUACAGUAAACUGACUCUGCAAAAGGCAUUUACGCAAUCUGAUGAGCUCACUGUGCUGGCACAUUUUAGAUUGAUAAAUAAUAAAUUAGGCUAGAGGCUUAUUUUGUCAAGAAGAGGACUUUUAAGACAAAUAAGGCGGUAUAUGCUUAUGCGUACAGUAAAGUGCAUUGAAAGAUAACUUUGAUCCAGCAAAUUUCAAGAAACUUUUAAAAUAUGGAGCUCAGAAAAAACAACAAAUAAAGCUCUGGAUCUGCUCUGUACAUGUCUGAGACAGAAAAGCUUGUGUGUGUUAUUGUCUCUAAUAUGUUUGCCUUUACAUUAAGCUGAUUCGUGUCACAGCAAAGGUCACCACACUCUCAGAUAAUCCCACAGAAAUGCUGCUUAUGGCUGGAAUAUGUCAUCACUCCUGCAUACAAUGUAUGCACGGCCACAUGUAUGUGCUGGGGUCAUAUGACCGACCUGUUUAUGUUCAGCUCUAAUACAAUAAGAGAAGGUUAAAAGGGGGCAACACAUUGACUGUGUAUAAAUAUGAGCAAAGCACCUUCAUCAAGACUUGUUCAGGAGUGGAGCAGAUUUGAAGCCAUAUGUCAUAAACUACUAAAGGGACCACUUCUUCACCUCACUUCACGAGCUUUGGCUUAAUUUUGGUGUUAAUACUCAUUAAAUUAAACGCCAGAUUUCACUUUUAGUUAAGUAUUUUGUUAAAAUGUGAAGGUUUUUACUGCUUACAUUCUUGUCCCUUACCUCCUCGCGCUCCUCUCCCUGCUGUCCUCUCUCAAUUAGAACAACAUGUUGAAGAUACAGCGGUCGACUAUGAAUCUAAAAGUUGCCUUAACAUCCUUUUGCUCCCAAACUUUAUUCCUUAUUGAUCUGCACUCAUAUUUGAGGGAAGGGGCUGCAAAGACUCAUUUUAUUCAACAUAUAGGGUGUAAUGGGGCAACAGGCUUGUAUUGACAGGAUACGGGUUCGACAAAAAAUAUUGAUGUCCGAAAUAAUCGCACGAAAAAAACGCUCCUGGUGUGUAAGGACCUUUUAGUCUGAAAAAGACAUUGCGGCUGAGUGCAAAACUUGUCAUGCACAAUUUUGUGCCAGUAUCGGAUCAAUAUCCGUGUCGGCCGAUACUGAAGGCUACAAUAUCGGUAUCGUAUCGGAAGUAAAAAGUUGUAUUGGGACACCCCUACACAAAAAAAAGACAGAUGACCUCUGAGAUUCUCGGGUCUUUGUCAUAAAUAGAGGCGUAGGUUUAUCUCACUGUAAUAAUCCUGGUACCUUUCGCAGGAUUUAUCUGUGCAUCAGUGUCUGUAGGGAACAACACAAAAUCCUAAUAUGACAUGUCACUGAGGAUGAAGUAAAUCUUCUAAACUAGAUGAAAAGUGAGUCCCUCGUCAUGUCAGCGUGUCCUCUACUUUUAUCCUCGUCUGUCUUUAUUUAACUCUGGUUUUCUGUCUCAUGAUUACAGCAGAGAAAAGAUGAAUACCGGGGUGGAUGUGGAGCCUCUGUCUCUGCUGGAUUAAUCUUAAACAGAGCAGCUCGCUGUGUGUGUGUUCGAGCCCAGUGGGCACCAGAUUAAUUCCAUUACAUAACAUUUACUCAGUCUUAAGUAGGCUACGAGUGGAAAUGAAGGCUUCUCAGUCACCUCCAGCUUAAGGUUUCCAGGACCUCAGGAAGUGUUAUUAGAUGAUUAAAAUGGACCCGUUAAGUAAUCUUUAAUAAUCAGAAAUAUUUAGUCACAGCUGCAGCAACAAAGUCAGACCACAGACGAGGGAGAGGAGACUCCAGAUGGUUUUUACCGGACUUCUUGAGCUUUAAACUGAUUGUAUUAGAUAGAUAGAAAGUUGACCCUCAAUUGAAAGCUACUUUUAGGAUUUGGGUGUUUGAACUUCGACCUUAUUGGCCCGUUAUUUUCUUAAUGCACUAAAUCUGCUGAAGUCGUUUAGCAACAGGGUCAGCGUGGAGAAAACUCUCGUUGGUGAUAUUUGAGCUGCAUGUUGUGUUUUAUUUCACAAAAUUGGAUUUUUCUAACAAAGCAAAAUUGAUGUAAUAAAUCUGUUUCACAGCUUGUAGUUUCCGCUUUGAGUGUCCUCCUGGGAAAUUGCUGCCCUUUACGCCUCAGAAAUGGAGCUCUUUUGUUUUCGUCCAUCUUCCUGAUUGCUUUAUUGUGGCUUUUGUUAGUUUAUCAGCAUUAAGUCACAGUUGUUUCCUGUGGAGAGAUAAAAACUUUGAAACAAAUUUUGCAAAAGGUAGAUAAGGAUUCUUGAAGAUUGAUUUUGGGGGCAGGCUGUCCAUUAGUUGUUUAAUAAUUGCUGUGAAUUAAAACUCAUUCAGGCUUGUGGUGUAGCUGAAUAUCAUGCAGUGUGGUAAGUCAUGUUACAAUGCACUGAGAUGACACAGUAUGAUGUGGCACGACUCCAUUAGACACUAUACAAGUUAUGACAAGAUACAUUCGGCCACCUAUGACCAUAGUCUGUACAUAGAAUGGACGCCACCUUGAGAACAGCACCCUCUGGUGACUGGUUGCAGUCUAGGUCAUAAAUCCCGCCUCCUCCAGUAAUCUCUAUGGAGCUGUGGACAAACUUUAGAAAUUUAUUACACAGAAUAUACAUUUUUCUCCCCCCUGCUUGCGAUGUUGACAUGUAGUUACCGUAAGACUGGUUUGUGCUCAAGUCUCUUUUUUUCUGUUCAGCUCCAUUUUUAAAAGUUAUUAGGGGGUUCAUGUGUUUUAUGAUUGACACUUGAUACAGCCUAUGGGCAUAUGAAGAUUGUGUAGCUCCCCUGGGGGAUACGCUACAAUACAUGAUGAUAUUUGUCACGAUAUGAUGCUCUAAACAACACAGUAUGGGACACUUUGUGAAAAGCUAGAGAAAUAAGGAAGUGAAGGUCCUAAUUUUAUCAAAUCUUUGCUCAAAGUUUAAUGCAUGGCCUAUUCAGUGCAAAAAUAUGCAUCAAUGCAGUGAAAACCAGCUUCUUUAAAUUGAGAUGGCACCCGUAACGAAAAGAAUAAUCUCUGUUUUACUUCUUAAACGGUGAGUACCUCUGCAGAAGCCGUUCUGAACAGCUGUCGCCUCAGCCUCCUCUUUGAUAAGAAGUUAAUAACCUUCUUAUCCGAGCUUUCAGGGAGCUACUCAGCAUGCAAAAAUGUAAAAGUGAAGGUCUUUGGUGAAGUAUUUCCCUCCUGGGGCAGAGGCUGAGUGUUUGGGAUGUAGAAAUUGAGGCUAAAGUUGAAAGAAGAAACUCAAAGGUGGAGUGUGAGGGAGGAGUGAUAGCAGUGUUUGAUGGAGAGGAAUGAAGGGUUGGAGUGUAAUGCCCAUUAGCAUUCCCAGAUGAGGAUUAGUGGUCACAAGUUCUCUUCCCCGUUCAUGACCCGGCCUAGAUUGUGCAGGCCUCCGCUUCCUGCAGGAUCCUUUAAACUCUAAACAGCCGGUCCUGGACUGAAACAAAGCCUCUUCAAAUUUGUUUGACAUUUUUUCUUGUCUUUUCUUACAGUUUAGAGCUGCAAUCAAGCUCAAUCUGCAGCAAUAUCUUUACUUUUUCAAAUGUUUACUUUUUGAAAUGUUGGAAAUGCAUUUACUUGUUGCAUUGUACCAACAUUUUAAGACAUCAGUUGCUUUCGGUCCUUCUUUAGCGAGAUUAGAUAUUAAGGUGGCUGCAACAAAACACUUAAAGCUCCUGUGAGGAACUUUUGGUUUGUGUCAUUUUUGGCGCCCCCCUGUGGACAAAACAAUCUUUGUAUUUCUCGUCCUCUAAAUUUUUAAAUAGCGUCUUUUGACUAAAAAUCUCAUCCUGAUGACUUUUGACAGUCAAAAAUAUUUAUUGUGAGUAUUUUAUAUGCUACUUGGCUGACACCUACCCCCUCAGAACAGUUUCAAGAAUUAAAAAUUACAAAAUGAAAAGUGUUGAUUCUGUCUCUGAUAGUCUUAUUUACCUUUAGAAGUCAAUAUUAUGAAUUCUAGUCUAUUAUAUUAACACAAAAAAACUCCUAAUAGGAGCUUUAAGUAACCGUCAUAUAUGCUGGUACCUUGUAAUUGUUGAUACCAAAACAGUUUGUAACAUUCUGACACAAAAAAACGAUCAGGGUCAAACUAACUUGAUCAAACUGAUGCAUGAAAAAGGUAUCAGGCUGGCGGUGAGAGGAGGAGGAGGUGUGUGUGAGUAAAGCAGAGGAAGAGAAUGAGCUUAAAAUGCAAGUAAUGGAAGAGCCUAUACUUUUUAAAGAAAUACUCUACUUCAUGUAAAAAUAAACCACAUCUGCUUUUAUGUGGAGAGUCAGGUGUAAACGAGGCUACACUGUCGCUCACGUUGACUUGAAAUGACAAGGAAUGUGUCUCUAAGGUGCUGGAGGAAUCCUCACACACACGCUCUACACACUCACACACACGGUUAUGUCACUCUUUUAAUGACUUGUCAUACCAACUUGAUGUGUCUGAAAACUCGUGCCUUUCAGGAAUUGUUGACGGUGGCUCAGGAUGAACUUUCUGGAUUCUAUAUUUGACAACUUCUUUGGGAAAAUUCAGAGAAUAAGUCACUUUAAAGUAAAAGUGUUCUUCGCAUGAUGGACGAACCUUGUUAAGCUGCGCUCACACCUUGAUUUAUGUAAUAUACCUGUGAUAUAUGUGUUGCAUAAGAGGCUGUUAUAAAAAGUCAGCACUUGUUGUGUGUUAGGAGCAGAAAAUCAGUCAUGCCUGUAAUCCCGUUUUACCCCAAACUUUCCACUGAAGCUGUUUUUGGAGUGGGGUUGCCAGGUGAUGACACACAGCAAGAUCAUUAUCAGGUGUGUGUGUGUGAGAGAACUGCUAGUUGGAUAGAAAACAUGGUGGCACACUGCUUUUCCAAAAUUUCUGCCUUGUUUUCUGAGUAAAUGUUGUAUAUUUUAAAAGUAACUCUGGGAUACUACAGAUAAAAAUGAUCUGACUAUAUUCAGACAGAAAAAAUAGUUGGUUUGUCUUCAUUUUGAGGAAAAAAAUGUCAAAUUUUCUUCUAAGGGGUAUUAAUCAUGGCGUAGAUAAGCUUUUGAAAGUACUUUAAAAAAUAAAAAAACAGCAUAAACACCAAAAGUAUUUGUCGUAGGGCUGGGCGAUAAACCGAAAAUUUACAGAUACCAGAAUUUACGACAAUAACCGACAUCAUUUUGCCCAUAUCGGUAUAUUCUGUGUCAAAAAAAUAGUUGGUUUUGGAUGUGUGUAGGUAGGCUAUGGUCUCAUGUCCCUUUAAGACGCCGUCCCACAUCGGAGAUGUGACUCCACCCCAUCCAGUCCGCAACAAAGAGGAGAUGAAGGACAGUUCAAAAAGUUGUAGCGACUGGAGCGGCGGCUGAAGUAGAUGAAGUUAAUGUGGAAGGGGGUGAGCAGCUUGUGGAGUAGUUAUCGUCCAUUUAUCGUUAUUGAGAUGAACUUCUCAGUAUAUCAUGAUAUUGAUUUGAGGCCAUAUCGCCUCACCCUAAUGUGUCGUAGUUUAGAUGUGACUCGUUGGAGAAAUUGGUGAUGAGAAAGUCAGGGGGACUGCGAGCUGAGCUGCCACCAUGACAUUCACUCAGUUUUAAGGCUGUAAUUUCUACUGUACAGGGUGUGUGGUUUAGAAAUCUCUUCUUCCUUCUUCUUUAUAACAGACCCAGUAAUACAUUUAAGGAAAACUAAAAUAAGCAGCUUCCAGAUGCAAACUCUAAGAAAUCAAAUCUUAAACGAAGUAGAUGCUGCAACUAUUAACAUAAAUGUUACCUUGACUCAUCCUGAUGUAUUUUCAUCACCUAACCCUACUGCAGCUAUUGCACUGAUUUCCUCAUUGAUGUUUUCUUUCUCUGUGUGUGUCUAAAAUAUGUUCAGGUCCCAAGGCGAGUGUGUGUGUCCAUCAUGCCGCUGUUUGGUAAAUCCCACAAGAGUCCGGCGGACAUCGUCAGGACCCUGAAGGAGAACCUGGCCGUCCUGGUCAAACAGGACAAGAAGACAGAUAAGGUAGAGGACAGUGUGUUUCUAUGUGUGUAAGUGUGUGUGUGUGAAUGCCUGUGCGUCCAGGGGCCCCGAGGGGUGACAGGAGUCUGUGAAUUCAGAGCGAGGAACAGCCUGGCCCUGUCAUCUCCUGACACUCUCCUGUCAGGACGGAUCACGCUCUCUCACACAUGAAACUAACAAAAGUUGAACUCAGGCUAAAAUUGGGUUCUUCUAUCACUCUUUUUUGAUUUGGUGUAGGUCUGUGUUUUCAUUCCUGUUUCUCCAUUAUGUGCGUCUUUAACAAACUCCGCCUCCUCUCCCGUGUCCCGCAGGCGUCUGAAGAGGUGUCCAAGUGUUUGGUGUCCAUGAAGGAGAUCCUGUACGGCAGUAACGAUAAGGAGCCUCACACUGAGACGGUGGCCCAGCUGGCCCAGGAGCUUUACAACAGCGGUUUGCUUAUCUCACUGGUAGAAAACCUGCAGGUCAUAGACUUUGAGGUAAGAAGUGAGAAGUGAUUCAUGCGCUCAUCUCCUUUAGAUUAGAUUACCGUAAUUCCUAAACAAUCUCCAACUUUAUUUUGUUAUUUAUUAACAAUUUGAAAGACGUGAUAAGGACUCACAGCUGCUCUUAUUGAGCGCUUAUUUGUUAAUUUUUUUCAGGGAAAGAAGGAUGUGUGUCAGAUAUUCAACAACAUCCUCAGGAGGCAGAUCGGCACGAGGAGUCCGACUGUCGAGUAUUUCUGUUCCCACCAAGAGGUCCUCUUUAUUCUGCUCAAAGGGUGAGACUCACACACACGCACUUUACAUGUAUUAAAAGGCUGAUGAGAGGCCGUUUGUUGAUGGUUUCUGCGUGUGUGUGUGUGUGUGUGAAGGUACGAGACGCCUCAGGUAGCGUUGAAUUGCGGGAUCAUGCUGAGGGAGUGUAUCCGCCACGAGCCGCUCGCAAAGAUCGUCCUCCACUCGGAACACUUCAACAGUUUCUUCGGCUACGUGGAGAUGUCCACCUUCGACAUCGCCUCCGACGCCUUCGCCACCUUUAAGGUACCUGGAUUCGCUCCAGGACACGAGCGUUUUUCUUAAAUAUCAAAACCAGCUGCCUUGAAAACAACACAAAUGUUUCUGUCUGUAUUUCCAGGAUCUCCUGACAAGACACAAAGUCCUGGUGGCUGAGUACCUCGAACAAAACUAUGACGCUGUGAGUGAUUCUUACGUUUUAAAACACGAUCUGAAUAAGACGGGCUUUACUUCCCACAUCAGCACCGACCACUUAGAGCGAUCUCAGGUCAUGAACGUAAACACUGACCGACCAGGAGGACUCCAGGGAGCAAACACACUCACAUACACAACCGGAUCAGGUGUCAGUCACUGCGCUGCUCAAUGGCCCAGUCACGUCGCCAAAAAAAGGCUUGUGUCAUCGAACACACACGCACACACACACACACACACACUCGCCGCUCUGUGAGAGACGUUUCAAUACACAAGAAAACAGGCGGAUAAGAACUCGAGUUUUGACGACACUCUUAAAGUUCCAGGAAAAGUGGAAAGAGCUGCUGGUGUCACAACAGAUCUGGUCUAUGCCAGCAGAGGGGUCCCUUUCAUAGGCAGGACUACGGGGGUCUCAAGCUGAAGAAAUCACUCACAAAACUGCCUUUUUACCCCCACGCUGAAUGACAACAGAUGUCGGGUUGUCACCGUGACGUGACUCAACGCCCACUUUGGCUGCUUGAAGGGAAUUUAAGCCAGUUUGUGAUAAGCUGCUGAAAAUUUUAAACAGAAACUAAAUAAAAUUACUUGAUUUUGUUUGAUUUGACUUCGAUUUCCUGAUAUGCAAUGUUCUGAAAACUUUGACACAGAAAAAAAAAAGUUUAAAAAACACUUUUAAAGACUUUAUUAUAACAUCUGCACUCUUGCUCUGAACUAGAUUGUGUUGACAGGAUGAAAUAAUGUCAAAUAUGGGUCAAGAUUUCGGUGCACAACUCCAAUAUUAACACGGCUCAGACUCCUAGAUGUUUGGCGUGCAUCUGUAAAAACAUCUGCAUAUAAGUUGUCAGUUUCUUUAAGACUCAGACUGUUAUUAAUUUGCAUCCAUGCGUGUGUUUCUUGUGUAAUUGCAGGUGUUUGCAGACUAUGAGAAGCUGCUGCACUCUGAGAACUACGUCACCAAGAGGCAGUCGCUAAAGGUUUGACUUUGAUAAACUGGACUGACUGGAAACGCUCUGUUGUGUUAACUGUGAAUUAGUAUCACCUAGGAAUGUUGUUUUUAAAACUGUCAAACUCAUGACGUUGAUUUUAAAAAGGAAGAAUUAUUUGUUUCCUCUUAUACUCCAGCAGAGGGAGCCAGUUUGAAUCUGUAGGAGAAACAGCAUCUUGUUUUUUUUCUCUUCUCUCCUCCAGCUCCUGGGCGAGUUGUUAUUGGACCGACACAACUUCACGGUGAUGACGCGCUACAUCAGCAAACCUGAGAACCUGAAGCUGAUGAUGAACCUGCUCAGAGACAAGAGUCCGAACAUCCAGUUUGAGGCUUUCCACGUCUUCAAGGUGACACUCAAAACUCACUGAGACAUGCUAAGACAGUGAAUAAAAAUCUGGGUAAUCGUUGCGACACACUAGCCGCUGUCUCACUCACAUGCAGACACCAGAGGAGCAGGAGACAGAAACUGUAGGUUCACUUAAGUGUGGUGAAAUCCUGAACAAGUUAGAAAAAAAAACAUUUACUCACAAUGGCAUAAAAAUGGAUGAGAAUAAUCUGCCAAACGAAGGAUCUACCUGUAGGUUUUAAUUUCAGUAGAGAUGUACCAAUCCAUUUUUUUUUUUCAAUCCAAUCCGAUACCGAUACCUGGACUGAGCGUAUCGGUAUCGGUAUCGGUAUCGAUAUCGAUAUCGAUAUCGAUAUCGAUACCGAUACCGAUACAAUACUACUGUUGAGUAAAUGAACUGUAUACCUUAUUUUGAGGUGAAAUCUUCUUGUGUCUGUUGUGAGUGUAAGUGUCUGAUGUCUUGUUUUUGCUCCUUGUUUCAGGUUUUCGUAGCAAACCCCAACAAAACGCAGCCCAUCAUCGACAUCCUGCUCAAGAACCAGACCAAACUAAUCGAUUUCCUGAGCAGCUUCCAGAAGGAUCGCACGGACGACGAGCAGUUCAACGAUGAGAAGACCUACUUAAUCAAACAGAUCAGGGAUCUGAAGAAACCAGCCUCCUAGAGAAGUAUCCCUCCACCCCAACUUUUUACCAAUAGGAAGACAUCCAGUAGAAAACAAACACCUUAACAAUAACGGUUAUUCUAUUUAAAUCUUUAAGACGUUAUUUGUCUUUUUCUCUUUGUUCAUUUGUGCAAAUAGUUCUCAAUCACUGAUUGUUUCUUUUGUAAAUUUUCUCAUGAUUAUUGCUUUUUUUUUUUUUUCAUCUGUAGCACGUAGUGCCACAACUCUGCUGUUGGAGGCAGCUGAUUUCCUCUGUUUGGAGAACCAGCGUUUUCAAAAAGCUUCAGAUGAAAAAAAAUGGUCCACAGGCUGUCCGACAAAACAGACCUGACCAUUUUUGUAAAGAGUCACGGUCACCGAUCGCAGGUGAUCUGAACGUGUUGCACACGGCUUACUUUCUGUUUCUGCAAAACAAAAAGAGGAUAUUUUUGCACUCUGUGAUUGUGUAAUUUAUCAGGCAAAAAAAUAGUGCAAACAUGCGCAGAGUAAAAACACUCUCAUUAGUUGCUAAAAGCUGAAAGUUGGUGAGGUGGCACCAAAACCCCUCUUGCAUAAUAUCUAAUAACAGAGCAAGUUUUCUCUCUCUAGGGAAGCAAAAUAGGUAACUUGGUUAAUGUGGAUUUCUUUAUUGUUGAGUUGAGUAUGAUUGAAUAUCAGCCUAGAAGUUGCUGGACUAAUUUGAUCACUUCUAAAGAUGCAAAAUAUCUGCAUAUAUCAUUGGCUUAUAAUUAUGAUCUAAGUCUGGGCUUUUGCAGCCUCAAGUGGACACUUGAGGAACUGCAGCUUUUCCGACUUUAGUUUCAAACUCGAUGAACACUCGGCCUAAGAGCAGUAGAACCACACUGUCUGGUGUUUAAGGACUCUAAAGAGUUGGUAAGAAACAUCUUAGACCACAAGAUUCUCCUGGAUCCUGGUUUUGGGGUGUUACCUGUCUGAUGUUCCCCUCCAAAUAAGUCAGAGCCAAACUGUGGCCUGAAAUCACAGCUUCAUUUUUGUCACAAUUUUAUAAUUCUGCAACUUUUUCAUGUAAAAUUCUGUAAUGUCACACUUUGAUUUUCUCACAAAAGUUAUAAAUGUGUUAAAUAAUAUACAAAAUUAUUAUCUCACAACUUUUUCUUCAACAAAUGUGACAUUAUUGCCCAAAUAUUUUGAUUUAACAGUGAAAACUGAUGUUUUUAAGAGAGCUAUGUUGGUUCUUCAAUAUAAAAUUCUCAUCAGUCAGUAUUUCGUUUUUAAAUGCCGACUGAAAAUGAAGUUAUCUUAAACAGACGUGGUAACAACACUGAUUCAUGUAGAAAUAUAAUAGUUUGAAUGCUUGAUUUGCUUAUUUCUGAUUAUUUGCAUUUCCCUAGAGAUGAGAAAACACUACAAAACAACAUUUUAAAAAAAGCUGAUUUGACUUUCAUAAAACUGAUUCUGCAGCUAACAGGAGGACAAAUUUACUCAAAAGUUUCAGCCUAAACUUUAAAAUCCGUUUCCAGCUUUAUAACAAUCCACCGGUGCCAAAAUUCAGAUUCAAAGCUUUUGAGAGGCGAAGAUGGCGAGUGUUUUUUUUUUUUGUUUUUUUGAGACCUGGUUUGAGUCACUGCUGACCAAAAUCUCCACAAUAAAACCUGAAAUGUGUGAAGUGUUUUCUUUCAAAUGAAGGGCCUUUGCGACGGUGAAUUAGGGCUGCUGUUGGUGCAGGAGGCUUCAAUCGUGAGGGUGGCCGAUAACACUUUCUUUGUAUGAUAAAAAGAAUGAUUUUUUUUUUGUUAAGCUGAUCACUGUUUUCACUCUGCUUGAUGGUGAUUUUUUUUUAAGUAUUUAGAUUCAUCUCUUGUCAUGUACAGUUUCUGGUUUGUACACCUGAAGUGAGUGCCAUUUGUGAGUGAGAACAUGAACAGGAGACUCUUGUACAGACGGCUGUUUGUGUUUUUGUUUCACUCCUUUUCUUUCUGUACUGUAACACGUGUUUGACUCUGACAUUAGAGAGCGAGGAGGAGGAGACUCAGAGGUGCCUUUUUGUUCGUUCGUUUGGUGUGUUUUCCCUUCUCUUAUCUUUCUUUUAUAUUUUCAGUAUCUUUUCUAGGGGGAGCUUAAUUAUUCUCUUGAUGAAAAUAUGCUCUGGAUAGAACAUAUUUGUUUUUGAUUAAGCAGUGAACCUCUUAACUCACUAUAUUUGAGUUACGCUGUUGGAAACAUGUUGAACUUUUUUGCAGCUGAUUGGUUGCUGUUGUGUACAGACACGAAUCACAGUUUCGCUUUGAGGUUUGUUGCGAAAGUCGCAGAAUUACAAGCAACAGACUCAUGUAGGAACUUUGACUGUAGCAGGAUUUGAUGGUGAAACUGUGAAAAAUCCACCUAAAGUUGAAAGGGGGAUUCUUGCAUUUUUAAACCAGAGCUCUAUUUUGAGAUUAUUUUGGAGCCUAAAUGACUAAAAAGUGGAAAAGUUUUGGUUGCUUCUCUCAGCAGCGAAAAGACCAACUGUGAUGACUGCAGCGUAAUCCUUGGAAGCAAAUGCACCUGAUUAAAAAUCCACAAAUACCGCAUUGCAGGAAGAUGCUCUGUUGGGUGUAGCCAAACUCCAUUGAUAAAAAUAGUCAUUUUAUUUUGAAUAAAACAGGAGUUGCUGCUCUGCUUCUGCAUGAUUGAUUUGCAGUUUACAGUCUUGUGUUACGUUGACGCAUCAAAAAGUUUGUUCACAUUCAGCGCAGUGUUUUUGUUAUACUUUAAAAGCACGCAGUGGUUGACCAGCAACUCCUGUCUCCUGCAGUAUAAAGUGACUACUUUGUCAAUGGAGUCUGGUGCAUUUAAAGAGAGUGAUUAUCUCUGUUCUCUUGCCCUAAAAAAGCAUUAAGAAAAAGGGGUUUAAAUCUGCAGAAAUCCUCUUUGUAACAUUGUCAGCCACUAAAGUAUAACAGUCUGAGCUCUUAAAUAACAAAAUCAAUAAUCUUUGUUCAUGUGAUCUGGUGCAUUUGCCUUCAAAGAUUCCAUCUAAAGCAAUCAAAAGGGGUACUUGUGAAACUUCUUGGUCAUUUAGUCCUAAAAAUAGGUAUAAAAACAGAGCGAUGGUUAAAAAAAGUACUUGAAUUCCACUUUAAAGCAGCAUAAAAUGUGCAAAAUUAAUGACAUUAAAGUGCUUUUAAUAUAGUGGUGUUGGUUUUACAUUUGACUCAUACUGAAAAACUGUCAUGUUUCCAUUUUCUGAAAAUGAAAAAUUCAGUAAAAUUCAGAAUUUAUUUCCCAAUCUAAUUUUAUUUGUUUUUAAUAACUCGAUUUUAGCAUCCUUAAAAGUUUAGAAACAGAUUUCUGGUUUAUAUAUUAUUUAAAACUAUCUCAAAGCAAAUUCAAGCCCAAAUCUGAGGCUUUCAUUGAAAUAAAGCUCAUCUGAAGAGAGAAUUAAAGGCAGCCACAAUCCUGCAAAUGACCAUCCUGCCUUUUUUUUCCAUCAAACAAAUAAGAAAACAAACUGAUGGUCCAUGUUCAGCCAAAAUAAUACAAGCUUAUCAAACACGAACUUUGCAACAGUAUUAUGUUUUAACUGUAAAAUUUAAGCAACCAGCCAAAUGUCUUUUGUUAAUUUUGCCUUUUUUUUCCAGCUGAAACAAAGAAGCCACAGCAGAGCUUGACAUUUUCAUCCCAGAUUACAAAGAAUAAAAGCAGCAGCCACUGUAUUUUCCACAUUGAUGCUAUAAUUGUACCACAAUCACCACAAAUAAACGGAUGGAAAUGCAUGCUCUGUGUGUGCGUGUGUGUG